AUGACUGUACAGUUAAGGGCCUCCUAUCUUUUCCCCCUUUUCCUAGCUGGCUUCAUGCAGUCAAAUUCUAAGCUGGAGAAGUAUGCGGGCAAGCAUGUCCUUUUUGUCAAUGUGGCCACCUAUUGUGGUCUGACAGCCCAAUAUCCUGAACUGAGUGCACUUCAGAAGGAGCUGAAGCCCUUUGACCUAGUUGUGUUGGGCUUUCCCUGCAACCAAUUUGGAAAGCAAGAACCAGGAGAGAACUCAGAGAUCCUUCUGGGACUGAAGUAUGUCUGUCCAGGAGGAGGAUAGGUACCUAAUUUCCAGCUUUUUGAGAAAGGGGAUGUGAAUGGCGAAAAAGAGCAGAAAGUCUUCACCUUCUUGAAGCAAUCCUGUCCUCAACCUUCUGAACUCAUGGGCUCAAUCAAACAUAUAUCCUGGGAACCCAUCAUGGCCCAUGACAUCCGCUGGAAUUUUGAAAAGUUCCUGGUGGGACCUGAUGGAGUCCCUGUCAUGCGCUGGUUCCAUCAGGCUCCAGUCAGUACAGUCAAGUCAGAUAUUCUGGCAUACCUGAAACAGCUCAAAACCAAAUAG